AUGACCGUGACCAGCCGUCGGGUCAGAUCAGAUCCCAACGGCUCGGGGAAAGCUCUUGAACCGGGUAUCAAGGCGACAUGUGAUGGCUGUGGUGUCGAUGUCACUCAGACUGUGCGAAUCAAGUGCGCUGCGAAAGGGUGCGAAGAUGUAGACAUCUGUCCGAACUGUUUUUGUGAAGGCAAAGAGUUCAAUCCUCACAAACCAUGGCAUGAGUACAAGGUCGUCGAGCAACACUCUUGGCCGAUCUUCACAGAGGACUGGGGAGCCGACGAAGAGCUGCUGCUCAUCUCGGGUCUGAUAAUUCAUGGUCUGGGCAAUUGGAUCGAAGUCGCUUCGCAUGUUGGAACGCGGACCAAGGAGGAAUGCGAGAAGCAUUAUAUCUCGACCUAUAUCGAGGCGGAACAAAAGUCGGAUCCUGACUCGGAUAGGCCAUAUGUCAAACGGGAGUUCAUGCCCUCCAUGCACGAGAACUUUGACAUCGAUCCAGACGAGUUUCAGAACCGCAAGAAGGCUCGUAUUGAGGAGCUUCGCAAACCUCAGACCCUCCCUCCCGCCGGUCCUCCCAUGGUUUCUGCCCCGACCAAUCACGAAGUGUCUGGCUUCAUGCCCGGACGUCUCGAAUUUGAACACGAAGUGGACAAUGAAGCAGAAAUGGCGAUCAAGGAUCUCGAGUUUAGGCUAGUGUACAAGUACGGAGGGGAUGAGCAGCCAGCUGCCAAGGUCACCGAGCCGAUAGAGGAAGAGGACGAUGAGGACGAAGAUGAGGAAAGUGACAAGGAAGCCAAGGACCAAAAGCCAGUCUCGAAGAAUGGCAAACCAGAGCCUGUCAGAGUAAAGUCGGAACCGAGGGAUGAAGAGCAGCCCGAGGCCAGUAGCUCACGGAUGAGCGGUUCACCGUCCCCUACAAAGCCCGACGUCAAUGGCAAGGGCAAGGGACGAGCCGACCCGGCCGACGAUGAGGAGGAUGAGGACGAAUUAGAGAUCAAGCUCGCGCUACUGGAUAUAUACUUCAACAAGCUGGACAAGCGUCAAGAGGCCAAGGAGUUACUCUUCGACCGAGGCUUGACGGAACACAAGAGGCUGCAAGCGCUGGAUAAGAAGCGAGCUCGCGAUGAACGAGAGCUUGUGCAGAGAUACAAGGUCUUUGCGAAAUUGCAGACAGCUCAGGAUUACGAGACACUGAUCGAGGGCAUAAUUUACGAGCACCAACUUCGCAAGAGGAUCACCGAGCUGCAAGAAUACAGAAAGAUGGGCAUCACGACCGGCGCAGAGGCAGAAGCUUAUGACGCUGCCAAAGUCGCAAGGGCCGGUUAUCGACCGCUCAAUUCCACUCGACCCGAAGUCAUGCCUACUGGUGCGCGUGCCAACGCCGGCCAACAUCGCUUCCUCCACGGUGCAGCGUAUGGCACACCGCCGCCGGUGGACGCCAAAAAGCAUAUGGACAGUCGCGAACCAACCCCGCGCAUCCCUCUGAUUGCAUCGCGCAAGCCAGCCACUCCACUCAACCUUGCCAAUUCCGCAUCGUUGGAUCUCCUCUCUACCGAAGAGCAAUCGCUCUGCUCCUCACUUCGUGUCCUUCCCAAGCCUUACCUCACAAUCAAAGAGAUGUACAUCAGAGAGAAUGAGCGGCGCAAAGGGCAGCUACGCCGCCGGGACGCGAGGAAAAUGAUGAAAAUCGACGUGAACAAGUCGGGCAGAAUAUUCGAUUUCCUCGUCUCGGCUGGAAUGCUCAUUCUCUCGUACGAUCCGUCGAUCAAGUCUUACACACCGAGAAAAGAUGGAUCUCUACUGGGAUAUGGGAUGGAGCUCAUGAAUGGAGUGAGGGGUGUCGUAGAUAUCCAUACAAGAGAUGGGGAAUUGGGUUGA